AUGUUACGAUACGAGAAGGUGUCGUUGACCAACGCGGCGGCCGGGGCGGGGGCGCGUACCAGUAUGACGGUAUCGCGGCUGUAUGAAGGCUGGGCGUUCGCCCCAGAUGCGCGCGCAGCCAACAUGUGCACCACCAGCGUGAGCGAGGCUCCGCGCAGCCCGCGCCACCUGCACAAGCGGAGGCGCCUCUCCCGGCUUCUCGACAAGCUGUCCGUCCAGCUGCAGAACAACAACCACUACCCGCAGUGGGAUAAAAUGCCAGAAGAUGUACCUCUAGACUUAUCAGUCAAAUCCAAAUCGCCUCCAGCCUACUCUUGCGACGCCUGCGGACAGACGUUCACAGUGCACGACCGUUUAGCGAAGCAUGUAGCGUCGCGACAUCGGAAUAGAGUGCCGGAGAGCGAGCGCGCAUACGAGUGCGAUAUAUGCGAACGCCGCUUCGCGCGCUCGGAUAUGCUGACGCGCCACGCUCGUCUCCACACCGGGCAUAAACCAUACACUUGUCCCGCUUGUGGCCAGGUGUUCUCCAGGUCUGAUCAUCUGGCGACGCAUCAUAGGACGCACACAGGGGAGAAGCCCUACAAGUGCUCGGCGUGCCCGUACGCGGCGUGCCGCCGAGAUAUGAUCACGCGCCACAUGCGGACACACACGAGGCGACCGCAGCCCGCCUAGCUGUGGGACUGGACCUUGCUGGUCCCAAUUAUAGGCUGAAGCUUUCAACCAGAGACGUUUGAGAACGUAUUAAGUGCAUUUAACUUUUAGUUUCGUUUUGUCUAUUUAUAGA